AUGGUAAAGUAUCAUUAUCCCAUUCCUGAUUGGAUGAUAUAUUGGAUGAGUUACAUGGUGCAAAGAAAAAUUGAUUUGCAAAGUGGAUAUCAUCAUAUUAGGAUGAAUCCUGGUGAUGAAUGGAAAACAAAUGAUCUUUUGCAUGUUAAAAGUGUACUUGAUGUACUUAGGAAAGAGGAACUCUUUGCAAAUCCUAAGAAGUGUGACUUUUCUGUUGAUAGGGUGAUUUUCUUGGGGUUUGUUGUGAGCAGGAAGGGCAUAGAGGUUGAUGAAACGAAAGUGAAAGCCAUUAGAGAGUGGUUUAUUCCGAAGAGUGUAGUUCUUAUGGAAGACCAAAAACCUAUAGCUUACUUUAGUGAAAAAUUGAGUAGAGAAACCUUAAAUUAUUCUACUUAUGAUAAAGAGUUGUAUGCCCUUGUAAGAGGUUUAGCCAAUUGGCAGCAUCAUUUGUGGCCUAAGGAAUUUGUGACUAGGACUAACCAUGAGUGUCUCGGAUUUCUAAAGAGUCGGUCUAAGUUAAACAGAAGACAUACUAAGUGGGUAAAGUUUAUCGAGACAUUUUCAUAUGUUAUCCACUAUAAGCAAGGCAAAGAUAAUGUUGUGGCUGAUGCACUUUCUAGACGAUAUGUUCUGGUCAAUGUGUUAACUGCUAAUUUGAUGGGAUUCGAGCAUAUUAAAGAUUUAUAUGAAAGUGAUCCAGAUUUUAAUAGUAAGUACAAGGAGUGUGAGUUGGUUGUGUUUGAGGGAUUCCUUAUGGAUGAUGGUUAUUUAUUUAGGAAUGGAAAAUUCUAUGUCCUUAGAUGUUAUUUGAGGGAAUUGUUUGUUAGAGAGGCACAUAGUGGUGGAUUGAUGGGGCAUUUUGGAGUUUCUAAGAUGGAACAUUUUAUUCCUUGUGACAAGAAAUAUGAUGCGUCUUACGUAGCUAUAUUAUUUGAGAGAGAGGUUUUGAGGUUACAGUGGGUGCCUAGGUCCAAUGUUAAUGAUAGGGAUACCAAUUUUGGAGAACUUUGUGGUCUAAGUUGGGAACUCAGUUAUUAUAUUCUACUACUUGUCAUCCCCAAAUUGAUCGUCAGACUGAGAUCCGUUCACUCUUCCAUGGAUAAGUCUACUUUUGAGGUUGUAUAUGGCUUUAAUUCUCUAACACUUUUGGAUUUAAUUCAUUUGCCUAUGAGUGAUGUUGUGAAUGUAGAUGGUAAGAAUAGGGAUGAAGCAUUAAAGAGGGUUCAUGAGAAAGUUUGGGUUCACUUGAGGAAGGAACAGUUUCCUAAUAAAUGCAAUUCUAAGUUGCAUCCUCGUGGAGAUGGACCAUACCAAGUUCUUGAGAAGAUUAACGACAAUGCGUACAAAUUGGAUCUCCUAUGUGAGUUUAAGGGAGGGAUUGAUACGAUCCUAGAUAGCCCGGGCAAAGCAGAGAAUAUUGAAUAUGACCCCGAAUUAUCUAGUGGACUAUUGGCUCAUUCCAAGUCCAAGAGCGCCCGAGGGAUGCACACUGAGGAGCUGCAUAACCUUCAACAAUUGAUUAGAAGAUGUCUGGAGAGUCACUUGGAGGAUUCAUGCAAAGAAUAUCAUGUUUGGAGUCUUGAGGAUUGA